AAUGGGAGUCGCGGAGCGGGACCCGUGCCUCCGAGUUGUGCAGCAAUGCCGUCAUGUGACGCUGGGAAAAAGAGGAAUGCCAACAUGGACCCGUGGCAAGGACGGGAUGUGAGCGUGCUACGACAAUAACACGACGGAGGGAGGAAAAAAAAGAAAACAGCAACUAUAUGCAUACAUAAAGAGCCUGUCGACGGCGCUGCUUUUUCCUCCGACCGAGCCUCUUCCGAACUACACACGGUUCUUUGUGAUCUCCUACCUCUGGAUAGUGUUUCCUCAACAUCCUCUCCUCCGCAUUCGGCCCGGAUCAAUGGUGUCUCUCAGCAGCAGACCGCUGAGCUUGGAGAAUGACCUGUUCAGGGACAGCAGCAGCAGUAGCAGCAGCCUGUUCUCCCUCGGCCUGGGAGACGGAGCCCGCAGCGAGGGGGGCAGCUCGGCCUCCUGCGACAGCCCCGAGGCCGUGGACCUGGGGGCUUUGCGCGGCUUCGGCCCCGGAGAGGAGGAGGAAGACGAGGAGGAGGACGAAGACGACGACGAUGGGGCGAGUCUGCAUAUUUUCCUAAGGGCGGAGGGAGAAGAGGAGCCGCCGAGCCAGGAGCCGAAGCUUCCGCACUUCCCUUUCCAACCCACUUCCCCGUUCUCCCCAACCCUGGAGGACAUAGAGGAGUUCUUGAGGGAAAAGAUGGAACUGGUCAAAGAGGGGCUACUGGUCCCAAAAGAGGAGGCCUCCCCUCUACCAUGCAGUGGCUCCCUGUCCUCCACUGCGCCCCCAGCUGCUUCCUCAGACACUUGUAGUGACCCAGGGACUAGUCUAGCCUCUCAUUGCACUUCAAACCCCCCUCAGAACGAACAAAAGAGCCCCAGCCCCGCUGACCUUUCCCCCUUUGCCCGCGCUAACUCCUCGUCUUCCACCUUAACCCCGCCAAUGCUCCUGGGCGGUCCGCUGGUCCUCCAGCUCCAGCACCUACCUGUGGCCCAGCCGCCGACCCCGGUGGGUUCCCCGCCCGGGGCCCAAAGUGGCAUUUGGCUCACUCAUCUGAUCAUGGGGCUCCAGGGUGCAACCGGACAAAACCUCACCCUGCUGGCCCCGCAGGUGCCCUCCGCCCACGCCGCCUUGUUGUCAAUACACAGCGGAGAUGGCAAGUUGGCUGACCAGAAGUACGUGAAGAUCGCCCCGCUACCCAUCACUAUGAGGACUCUAGAGAUCACGGGCGUGACUGGGAUCGGGGGCCAGGGCAACGGCCUGUUGAAGGCCGUGGCCCCCCGGGUGACCAGACUAGCGCCUACGGAGAGGGUCCACAAGUGCUCCCACCCAGGCUGCGGGAAGAUGUACACCAAGAGCAGCCACCUGAAAGCUCACUUCCGCCGGCACACGGGCGAGAAACCCUACACGUGUAGCUGGCCCGAGUGCGGCUGGAGGUUCUCCCGAUCCGACGAGCUGUCCCGCCACCGGCGCUCCCACUCCGGCGUCAAGCCCUACGAGUGCUCCCUGUGCGAGAAGAAGUUCGCCCGCAGCGACCACUUAUCCAAACACACGAAGGUCCACCGCAGCUCCAGGCCCAGCAGGAUUAUCAGAGCCACUGUGUGAGACGCCUUCAGCCACGUUCGUCCUGCACACCACACCCGUCCUGGCUUUGACUAGAGGGGGGGGGGGUGUCUUCCUCAGGACUUUUGGUGCUUUCACGAGCAGAACUUUCAGAACAAUGGCGAAAGGCUGGCGGCCGUUUCUCCACACACGUUUCUCUCCUCCCCGCUGUUUGUCUUUGUCUGGUCCUUUCUGAGCAGCAGCUCGUGGCAUGCUGAGCAGCCACCUCAGGAAAAAGUCAGCUGGAAGUGGAUUUCCUUACAGUCUUACAGAGGCCCAUCUUGCAACCACUGCUUGCACUACUGUUACCAAGCUACCAGGUGCUGUAGGCGUAGGGUGGCAACCAGCAACAGGAGCGACUGUAAUUCUAUAACCCCCCCUUUCUACUUUUGUGAUUGCCCUUCUUCCUAAAGUCAAACUUCAGGGUCCACACGGAGAGAGCUCCCCAGCGUUUUUUUGUACGUUAUGAAAGUAAAAAAAACAAAAAAAAAAUCACAUUUAUUGAAUGAGUUGUAAUCGUAUGGACGCGUUCACGUGACAGCCAAUCGCUGUAAGUAUGAAAUUGUGAUUAAAGCAGCAAAGCAGCACCUUUCGUUCACUCUGAACGAAAGGUGUGUGACUCUCAAUGUUUCGGAGCAAACGCCGAGGCGUUGUUUUCUGUCGGACUAGAAUUGUGGGUCUCCUCACAGUUUGGCCAAGCUGGGGGGGGGGGGGACCUCCGAUGUUAUUAUGCACCUGACCCAGGCCUUCGUUGCAUUCGUCCAGUCGUAAUCCACCGUUUUUUGACCCGUAUGCCUUUUUUCACAGCCCCAGUACGCACUAAUCUCUAUUGAUGCCUUUGUCCGUAUCACGAAACCAACCUCACUUGAUCCUACUGUUAUCAUAUGACUGCUCUUAUUUAACUGUGAUUCCUGAACCGGGUGCCGCCAAACCAGAAAACCCUGUUCUGGCCCUCUCGAGAGCAUGAAAACAACGCCCAGGCUGCGUGACCGUUUAUAAGCUCUUUGUUGUCUGAAAUUCUCUCUGAAUCAUUGUGCAGCCGACUUACGUUGCCUAGAAAGGUUCUCGGCCCAUACACUACACUUUGGGUCGACGGUGCAGAAGUGAUGUGAAAACACUGCUCUUACUAAUUUACAGUAGCAGUUACUGUAAAACGUGUGUCUCUGUCGGAUACAGCAGCAAGAAAAGCUAAUAGUUUUAAACAGCUGGGAAGCCAGCUAACAUCUACUCAAUCAUGUGAAUUAGCAUAGUCAUCAUGUUAUAAUGUGUACUGGACAUAAAGGACGAAGAUAACACGUACAGCUUCUAGCUUUUAUAGAGAUGUUUUUUUUUAUCGGUGAGGAUUUUUCAAUCAGUGCAUUAAGCUAUUCAGUCGUGUUGCCGGAGAGGUUUUUUGAUUGUAGCGUGAUCAUUCUGUGGAACGUCAGACUGAUUACGGUCAUCUACCCAUUCACAAACCAUUAAGAUGAGUCCGCUGGUCUCAAGUGCACUUGCGUUAGUGGAAGGUGAGAAACAAGUCAUUGUGCUCUCAUGGCAGUUCCAUAUCACGUUUUGGAACCGUAAAAUGCCAAAAAAAAGAAAUGUUCUAAGGAAGGUUAGUCAGUCACUAUUAUGAUUUUAACCUGAUUGCUAACCUACCAGCGCUUCACCCGAAGAGGCUGCGUAGCCGACGCGUUCACAUAACCAGGUUGUCUCCAGCAGACACGUGCUUCUACAAAACCGUUUAGGCCACCGGCAACUUUUAACUUAGCUCGAGCAACAUUGGUGCUUUUUAGUUGUUGUUGAUUGAACCCAAAAGUAGAGCACUUCUGCAUGUAGCACACGGCCACCACCCUCAUAUCUCUGUCUCUUAGCAAUAUGGAUACGUUAGGUUUCACUUUUUUUUAAAUAAUACAACAACCACGCUUAGCGAUGUAGAAACCUGUUCAAAGCAGACAGACGGGCAGACGUGUUGAUCCGUCUGAACCGGUGCUGUCUUUGUGUCUGAGCCUCCCCGGGCUGCUUCUACUGACCUACAUCCAGACCUGUAUUCCCUAA